AUGAUUAGUAUCUACACCGGGAUACCUUGCAAGUAUACAAUUCCUUUCCAAGGACUAGAAAAGUUUGUCUCCAAAGUUUGUUAUAAGCCAGGGUGCAAUGACGUGGCAUGUAGUGUUGAUGCAGUGAUCGUAGUUCUUAGACUCAGUCAAUCAUUUGAGGCAGAUAUGGUAGACCGGUUGAACCUAACAUUGCCAGGGUACCAGGAAUUACUAGUGAUUGAAGUUGCCAAUGUAGCUAAAUGGCCAUUUGUUCUUAUUUAUAUGUCAGGUGGUCAUGCUUAUCUUUCGUUUUCUAAUAAUACCAUGGUUAAAAGGAUAUUGUGGGUGGGCUAUCCUGGACAAGCUGGAGGCGACGCCAUUACCCAAAUAAUUUUUGAAAAAUUCAUUCCAGGUGGGAGGUCCCCUUUUAGUUGGUAUCCCCAAAGUUAUGUUGAUCAAGACUUUGGUCAUGGCCUCAGCUACUCAGUUUUUUCAAAGUUCAUCAUGUCUGCCUCCUCCACUGUGCUUGUGAGGCAUAGGGACAAUGCAAAUAUGAUAAUCUCAUUCAAUUACAUCGACAUUUCUGCAUUGGAGUGCCACAAUUUAUACUUGGACGUGGUGAUUGGAUUAAGAAAUGAUAGGCCAAAUGAUGGAACUUAUGUUGUAUUAGCAAAUGCACAAGGGAUGCUGAUUGGGACACCUAAAAAGCAACUAGUGGCAUUUGAAAGAAUCCAAGUAAACAUAGAGGAGGCUGAGAAAAUGACUGUGAAAUUGGAUAUAUGCAAACAACUAAACAUUGCGGAUUGCAUUGGAUUGGGAUAA